AUGGUGGCGUAUGUGGGCAGGCUGGUUAACGCGGUGAAUUUUGAAGGCGAUGGGUUUGAACCGGUGGUGAAAUCUCUGUUCGGUGAAAAAGGUUUAGUUCCGGAUACAUUUUUCAAACUGUUGGACUGGAGCCGGGAACAGAUCUCCAGCCUCAGGCCCGGACACGGACGGAUGAAGAGACAGGUCUCAGAUGAUCUUGUAAAGGGAAUAUCGGACGUUUUCCAAAAGUUGAUGGAGGAUCUGCGUUCGUCGGAGGCUCCGGAGGCCGUGGCGUACUUUGAGCUUCUCGGAACAGAAAUGGGAUACAUGAAAAGCAACCAAAUCCGAGACGCUUUGGAAACUCUCUCAAUGUACCACCAUGUGCUCUUCAAAAUGCUUCCUACAAGUGCCUUGUUCAAGCUGACUUCCGGUCUGGACAAUGAGGUUUUUGCUCACUAUAUCUUCAUGGAGACUGGCUUCGCUCUGCCCACACUCGCUGGGAUGCCUCUCAAGUUCUCGCUUACCGGUGUGGUUGCCCCUGGGGCCAAAGGGGGCCUCACAAACUCCCCAUAUAUGGGGUCGCUGUCCUUCAUGCCCUCAGUCGGGGUGGAGUUCAUCACAAAUAUGGGUGUGCAGGUUCCGGAAUACGUGGAGGCCAGACUCCAGAUGCUCACUACUCUUCACCACGAGAGCUCCCUCAACGCCAAAGUCACCUGGGACCGAAACCAGAUUAAAGUCAACAUCCCAGCCCCCUCUGGCAAUACAGAGCUUUUCCGGCUCAGUAACAAAGUGCUAUCCAUCUCUGCUGGUGAAAGUAAGAUGGUUCCGUCUUUGAUGGAGGACAGAACAGACUCCACAGAAUGUCAGCCGUUCAUCACAGGACUCAAACUCUGCUUCAUCUCAAAAUAUUCCAACGCUGCAGCCACUAACCAGGCCCCGUACUUCCCCCUGACUGGAGAGAGCAGGUUUGCAGUUGAAAUCCAGUCCAUGGGAGACGUCUCUGAGUAUGUUGCUUCCUUGUCUCGAGAAAUGUUCAAAGAAGGAAAUGAAAGGGUGACAGCGCUCAAGCUUUCUGUCAAAGCUGAAGGUGUCGAUGCAGCAGAACUCAUGGCUUCUCUCAAAUACAGCCACAACAAAAACACAGUGCUGACGGAAUUCAACAUACCUGACUACGACAUCGAGGCUGGGAUUAAUUUUUCUCUGAUCAAAAACGACCCAGCGACAUCAGCUAUGAGAGGAAUAACAAUCGACGUGACCAAUAAAAACGUCCCACAGCUGUCGCUUACAGCACGCACACGACUUGAACGGAUGGAGGUAGCCAUGUUGCAGCUCCAGAUGACCCUCCCCUCUCUGAACGCCCAUGGUUCCAUAACUUCCACUCUAAACAUAGAUGACAUUACUAUUCUAGACAUAGCGACGAAUGUAAACUUACCAGAGACGACGUACCAACAGAAAGCAUCGCUCCGAUAUGAUGAUAACAAAAUUCAGCUUGAACUUAAAACUGAUGCCAAUUCGGACAUUCAAAAGCUGAUUCCGAAUGCAGAGGACCACCACCGGCAGCUACAGCAGAUUCUGGAUGAUCUGUUGGACCAAAGAGUGGCCAAGACUGAUAUGAAACUAAGACACAUUGUCACCAAAGGAAUAGAGGCAGUGAACAUCUGGAUAGACAAACUCACAGCCCAAUUCCCCUCUCUGGAAAACCUGCGGAGCAAGAGGAGCAUCUCAGACCUUACCCUGCCGCCUUUACCUGAGAAACUCUUCUUCCUCUAUGAUGGGUUGUUCCAAUACCAGUUCAACAAGGACAGGCUGGUCCUCUCUCUCCCUCUUCCACUCGGAGGCAAAACAUCCCAAGAGCUGGACUUCCCAGAGCAACUGACCUUUCCCCCAAUCGACUUGCCCAAAAUAGGCCUUCACCUCCCUCCUCUAACUGUGAAGCCUCCCCCUUUCACCGUACCGGAGACUUUGGACUUCUCUCUUCCGCUGCUCGGGUUGGUUGAAGCAUCUGCAAUAAUCGACAGUAACGUUUACACCUGGGAAGGGUCGGUUUCCGGGGGCAACAACACAGUGGAUGUCCCUAGUUACAUGCUGCAUUACAAGAUCAAGGCACAGUCUCCAUUGUGCUUGCUGUCAUACAAACUGGAAGACUCCUCGAACCACCUGCAGGUGUCAAAGGUCACACUGUGGUGA